ACUUCACAAAACAUAGUCAUUGUCAACACAAUGUUCCUGUCAAUUGUUGCUCGACCAUCCCUGGUUCCUUUAACGCUGCCACAAGUGUCUGCAGUAUUAUCGGAAGCGAUGAGUGGCGAUAUGGUAGCAGUCUGGGAAGUGCCUAUGCCCGACGGAAUACAUAGAGUGGAAUUUCAGCAUGGCACUGCAAGUGGAAAACGAGUCAUAAUCGUAGACGAUAAGGAGGUGUUAAGGAGAGAUUGGAUGUUUCGUCUGGUUGGCGAGGAAGUGUUUCACUUGGGCAACACCAGAUGUACAAUACGUGUGGAUCCCAGUGGAGGAUUCGCUUAUGAAUACUCACUGCUAGUCGACGGCAUGAGUUUACCAAAGUUUAUAGAAGCCAAGUCCAAGACAUGCUGCACAUGGCUUGUUCAACUGCCUGACAACAUGUAUAGAGUAGUACUUGAUAAAGAAACACUCGAUGUCUGGGCAAAUGGGGAAAAGCUUGAAGUAGCUGGUGAGUUUGUGGAGGAUGGGACAGAAACCCACUUUAAUUUGGGUUCAGUUCCAGCUCUCAUCAAAGCUGUGACCAGUUGUAACAAACGAGAGGGCCUUAUUUACUCACUUAUUGUUAACAAUAAAAUAAUUCCUCCUGCUGAAGAUUAGAGCAACCAUUCUUCGCACUUCAACCUUUACGCACUAACCUAUGUAUAUACAAUUGUUUAUAUUGGAAUACAAUUAAAAUGUGUUAUUAUGUAUCUUUA